CGUACAUGCAGCCGUUUCACGGUACUGCGCAUGCCCAUUAGCGUACAAGCUGUCACUGUGCAGUAAGGUGAGUAAAUUAAACAUUGUCGAACUAACGUUGCUGUUUUUGUCACUUGGUAAUAUUGCAGAGAGCAGCUUUGUGUGUUCCUUGUGAGUCUCAGUGCGUCGACAUCUACGAGUGAAACAUAUAUCAAACAAUUGCAACCAACUGCUGAGCCAAAGCCAACCGGCUAAUGUAGCGUUAGCGUGCUAGCACCUAUAUAGACAACAAUCAUGAGAUCAUAGCACUUGCUCGGACUCUAACGGGACAGGAGAAAAACACGAGGAAGCCAAGAAACCAUCUUAUUCUCUCUGCAGCUGUUGUCUAAUACUGACUGUUUGUUCCUGUAAGAAAUGUAGCGUAUGUUUAACGAUUCAACGGCAGGAAGUGACUGCUGUGCUUUGCAGUGGGAUCGAUCUGUCUCUGUCAUAGGGGCGGGCAAUAUAGGAAAUAUCAUAUCACGGUCUUUUUUGACUCAAACUGGAUUUUAUCAUUCCUUUUUCUAUUUUUUUUUUUAAAUCUACUUUGCAUGGUGCCAAUCAAGUACAACAAAUCUUUUUCUAUGACUCAAUAAACUUAGUCCUCAAAGAAGAAGAAAAAUAAUAGAUAGACAAAGCCAAAGAAUUUUUGCUAUUUUGCCAACUAGUGCAUAGUACAUCUGACAUGAAACAAGAAUUCUCAGCAACAAAGAGAAGAAUUAGAGCACAGUUAAUGUGUUAUUCAGAUUAAAUAUUUGAUCUUUAUCCAUCUAUCUAAUAUAUAGUUAUUAAAUAUUAUUAUUACUGACAGUGGUUUCAAAAGGUGAACAACACUUUUGCCAAAUAACAGCCACCUUAUCAAGCUUGUAGAUCAAUCUAUUUUGUUUAUAGGGUAGCUCUCAGCUUUUUACUUUUAAUUCUAACUUGUUAAAAAACAAGUGAACACAUUACUCCCAUUCUUGCUGAUCUCCACUGAUGAAAAGUUAGUCAUAGAAUCAAUUUUAGAAUCUCAAAACUUGUUCUUGAAAGGGCUUUGUGGUCAGGCACUACCCCACAUUUGUUAUCUUUUGAACUUUUAAUACACCAGAUCGCUGCUUGAAAUCCUCUGGUAGGGAUUCAGAUUGUUCCUGAAUCUCAGCUGGUGUCCUCAGCUCUGGAUAUCCCUGAUUUCAGACUGGCUGAGACCACCUUUAAAUGUGGACUAAAAACUUACUUUUAUUGUGGAGCCUUCACCUCUCUCCUGUGCUGUAAUCGAUUUCUCCUUUUUUUUUCUAUUUUGGUUAUUUAAACAUCUUGUUAUGAUUGCUUUACCUCUUAUAUUUAAAUGUGUGUUUGGAGCACAUUAUAGCUCCAGCUUUGAAAAGAAUUUAAUCACGGUUUAUAAUUAAUUUUGAUUAAAAUGCUUAUUUUUGGCAGGAGUAGGCAAGUGAUUGCAACCUGAAAUAAGUUUGAAAUGAUUCAAAAUUGAAUUCAUUUUAAAUUAUAAUAAAAUAAGACUUUGUGAUUCAGUAUAUUAUUGUUCUUGUUUGAGACUCUAUCUUUUUACGUUAACGUCUUUGAUGUGCACUGUGUGUGUAAUCUGACAUCAACAGAGACAGGUUAGCACAAAACACUGAGAAUUUACAUUGAAGGCCACAUCAAAGACUUUCUCUAGGUCAAGUACUUUCAGAGCAGAAUAACGUUGUGGAUUAAUUGGUCUUACCCUUCAUUUCUGUUCAUUUCUGUUGUGUUUUAUUGCCAACAGCGUUAAGAUGGAUAGUGAUGAGGCUCCAGCUCAGCGGCCUGUCACCUUGGACAUCACUGUAGAAGAUGUUACCAAGGAAACUCUGACCCCAGACCCUCCAGAGCCAACCACCAGUCAGACCACCUCCAAAGACAGCCUCCUUCCUCAGGAAGACAGUAUCGACCUGGGUGGAGGGUUCAUCACCCCCCAGGAGGACAGCAGUGCUACACCUUCAGAGAGUCUCCUGGACAAACUGAACGACCAGAUGAUGGAGAGCGUCAUGAUUUCAGACUCACCUAAUAACAGCGAGGAGGACGAUGUAGCUCCUAUAGACUCCUUUCUGGAUGCGGGAAUAAGGGAUGAGGAGGAGGAGGAGAAGGAGGAGAAGGCACAAGAGACUUUUAGUGACUCACAGGAACACAGUGAAAUUGGACAAAAUACAACUGAGAUAACAGUUUCAGUGGAAGACAAAGAGAAAGACGGUUUAGAAGAGAAAGUAGAGGAGGACACAAAGGAGCAGAUGGAAACAGAAGAGAAGUUUACAGCUGAUGUUUCUCCACAUGGUGACACUCAGAGCCCAUCUGAUCCAAUGAUAGAAGAACCAGCACCACAAGAAGUUAAAGGGAUGAGCCCGAAAGAGGAGCCCGUGCCGGUGUGCACCAUAUUCAGCCAGGGAACCCAGCCAAAGUCCCUGGUCCCUGAUGGCUUUCAGCCCACUCUCAUCAAGUCCCCCAGCUUCAGCAUGGGGAGUGGGGGGCCAAGCACUGAGGCAGUGACCCCCAGCAAGCAGACGCCCCCUCUAGUGUGUCAGCCCAGCCCCAGCCUCAGUAAGUUCUUUACUGACAAUGGACAGUGUAAUCCAGCUACUGACUUCUUUGAUUCCUUCACUGCCCCCUCCUCCUUUAUCUCUGUUUCAAACCCAAAUGCCGACAUCCCUCCCGGCUCCAGCCCAGCACCCAUAGCUCCCACUCCUGAGCGCCAGCUCUCCUCCACAUCCUCCUCCAUCUCCACCCCUGGAGGACCGCUGGAUUCUGGUGCUCCCACCCCGAGUGCAGUAUUUGGCCCUGCCCCAACUGAAUCAACCACUAAGACCCAGCCUCCUCCUCCACAAGCAGUCCCGGCCCCGUCUCAAACUCCAGCCAGUCAGCCCCAGCCCUUUAACCAGCUGCAGGCUGUGUUUUCAGGCAACGAUGACCCGUUUGCAAAAGCCUUGAGUCUGAGUGAGGUGGACAGGCGCCAUGAUGCCUGGCUGCCCUCUGAGGAGACGAGGAAGGUGUGGAUUUCUGUGGCCACCCAGCAGUACAGCCCAGCGUAUGUGGAGGCCACCAGACUCACCAUGCCUGGACUCAAGUUUGACAACCUGCAGGUAUGACAAGCAACACAGUCUCAUGGUUGUAGUAUAUCCUGAUGAGGUUCAGCAUCAACAUUAAAUUCACUUUCUGUCCACCCAACCUGAGCUCAGAUGAUGCUUCAUCAAACGGUCACCUCUGUAAAACAUAUAAGAAUCAGUGUGUGCUAUUAAGCAGCAUUGAAGAGAUUUGAGACUGGAGGAAUAUAAAAUUUAUCAGUGUCAUAUUGACCCAAAUACAGGAAAACCUUAAACAGACCCUCCACAAGACACAUUUAUCCAAAAAGACCAAAUGUUGUGUAUUUCUCAGAAAGAGAAAUACAGACAAAUUUAUUACAAACAAGAUAAAAUAAUGUUUUUAACUUUAUCAAAUAAAAUAAUGGUUUAAACAACUUCUAAGGAAAAUAUUAGCCUUUUGAAAGACAAAAUGAUCACAUGUGCAAGUGCUAUGAAAGCAGCUGUUUACCAGAAUUAAAAAUGAUCAGCCAGUUUGAAAAUUAAAUAGAAAAUGAGACAUACUUUUAAAUUUCCUGUAUCUGUGUGCAUUAUUUGACUCAUGAAUAUAAGGAAUAUUUGGUCAUGUAACAUGCACUUUUAAUUUUAUCUUUGACAUAAUUAAUAAAAAUGAAAAAGCAAAUUUAAAAAUUAAAAUACAUUUAACAGUAAUGCUUUUUAAUUUUCAGAUAUUGGAGCAAUUUUUUACUAAAUUAAUAUUCAGUCAUCCACUUUGUGAUAGUUUACUCUCCAGGUUUGCAUGUUGUAUCUAUCUGCCCUGCUCUUCUAUACCAUUUGGCUUUUAAAAUCUCAGACCGAGAGUCAUUUAUCUACACAAGGAUAUAAAGAGGCAGCCAUCAACUUGUAACUUUUACCAUUUCAAUGGUAAAAACUUUAAGGAGCAUACUUACCAUGAUUUACAGAAGCUUCUAGUCCUUGAAGGCCAUCAUCACUUCACCAUUUCAUGUAGAAUUUGACCGCUAGGCAUCAUUACAAGUUACCAGAUAUUCCACACACUGUACCUUUGCAGGAAAGUAAAAAAUUAAGUCACACAUGAGAGCAUGGAAACCAAAUAUAUUCACUUUCCACAGCCAUGGUACAGGGACAUGCGCUUUUUCUCUGAGCCAGUUCAUGUCUCUUUGAAAUCAACGUCUUCUGAGAUCCAACAGCAACAUUUAUCUGUUUUUAAAACUCUAAUGGAUCAUCAGUCAUCUGUUUACCAGACUGAAUCUUUUGGCGCGUGUCCACCUCCCAGCUCUGUUUGUGUUCAUUAUCCCCUCAGAAAGGGUCUGUUUGAAUAAAUGAAUAAAAAUCAAGGACUUUUUCCACCAACUUGGAGAUUUUUGUCACGAAGAGCCAGUUUUAGGGGAACAAAUUCAAUAAAGCUGGAUAAACGACGGCCUUUUCUGCUGCCUGUUUUUGUUCUGCUGAUGUUGUGUUUUUGAUCAUCUUUUUAUAUCAAACAUCGAUUGUUUAUCUGUGAUAACCAAUAACUGGCUCAAUCAGGAGUCUUUACUUCCUGUAUGUUUUUUUUCUCAAAUUGUGUGCGUUUUGUUUCAGGGCGAUGCUGUUAAAGACCUGAUGCUCCGUUUCCUAGGAGAACAGGCGGCGAUGAAACGUCAGGUCCUCACUGCCAACUCAGUGGAACAGUCCUUUGCAGGCCUCAAACAGCUCAUUGUAAGUCACCAACUGUACUCUGUUUGUGAAAAUAAUCUGAGGCUCAGAAGAUCACAAACUGUGUCAAGACAGCCUGAUAUUCUGACCGGGAAAAAGGGGGAAAAGUUCAUGCUUUAAAGGAGGAGGUCCCUUUUGUACAACAAUUUUGGGGGGCUAUCUUAACCCAUUUAGGUCCUGAACAACUAUCAUCAGAUUAUUUGCAUGAUUAACAGAAUAUUAAGAUAUGUCUCUUUGGUGUAGCUGAUAACAAGCUUGAUAAAUGAGAGAGUACAUGAAAAUUUACUAGCAUCCUGCUGCUUUUUAAUAUAAAGUUGGAAGUUUUGGAAAAACAAGAUUAAGUUUCUGCAAAAACCAGCGUAGUUCAGCUUUCUUAGCAUUCAGCAUCUGAACUUUUCAAGCAUUAACCUUUUUAACCCCACUCAUCCUUCAUCAACCAAACAGACCAGGACAGGACCAGCACAUUUUGAGAAUAGGACAGCCGCAAUAUUCUGGUAUGGACAAUAACCAUUAUUUAACAAAAAAUAAAAGAUUACUGACGUGGUGAAAAAUAAGCACUCAGUAAUACAGUGAGUUUGUAAUGGUGGUCCUUUACAUUGUCAUGAAACCGAGGAGAAAUAAAGAAGACGCAGCCGCUGAGGAGCUAGCUGUAGCAUAUAAACAGACACUCAAUACUUACUGUAAAUCCAUUAGCAACAUUAGAGCUUGUGCUCUUUCGGGUGACUAAUCAACAAACACUUUCAAUUUUAAACCUCUCUUUUAACUGUUUUUACUAAGCUCUAACUUACAAUGAACCAGGAGUAGUAAAUUUCAAAAUAAAUGCAUAGUUUGUAGAGCAGGAGAAAACCUUAACGCAGGACAGAAAAAUAUCAAAAUAAAUGCAGGACAAAUGACUUUUAUGUCCAUUAAUUGCAUUUGUUCAUAAACAAGGUGCUGCACGUUAAAAAUGGCUUGGUUUUACCUUGUUGCAAGCUGCUGAUGGUGUGCACGUGUUUUGUGGGACCAUUGCCUCACUUUCUAAAGGUUAAUGACAAAACCACGGGCAGGUUACCAUGGCCCAACAUCCUGUUGUUACUGCAGCUCGUCUGACCUUCUGACAGUCAGCCUGUACAGUCAGUGAUUGCUCUGACACUGCUGGGUGGUCAGGGCUCAGCUGACUGAUAACAGCAAAUGACUCGCCUCCUUUCUCUUCAUAUUACAUCCCUCUGCUGCUCUUCUGCAGAGCAUAAAAACCUGCACUCACAAAGCUUGUUCCCUGCCCCGCUGCCAUCCAUUCCUCCAUCUCUCCUGACUUUAUGCAUCCCUUCAUCAUCCUAUCUGACCCACACAUGACCCUGAGAGACGGUUGUUAUUUAAAGCAUAUGCACAGCAGCAGCAGCAGACAGAGUGAUGGAGAGAGGAGAAAGAGGAGAGGAGGGUGGAGUGGAGGGAUGGAAAGGUGGAGAUCCACUUGGCUCACAAGUUCUUUUCUCCUGCUGUGCCCAUGUAUUAUGCAUGGGGCUGCUGUGCAUAUUUCAAGGGCCUUCUGGACUUGGUGUACAUACACAGACAUACACACAAACACACAAACAAGAUGGUACUCUCAGCUUGCAGUCUGUAUGGUGUGCGUGAGUGUGUGUGUGUGUGUGUGUGUAAAAGGAUCAUACACAGCCUGCCAAUUGGUGUGGGAGGCUCCCUGUAGCAAGAGGCGAAAGAAAGGAGAAAGACGGUGAGCUGGGGAGGUAACACAGGCCUUCAGGAGAGAUGUCUAGAAAUGACAAGUGAAAAAACAGGGAGAAAUGUUUGUGAGAUAAGGAGGCAGAGGAGGGCUACACCUGCUCUGUACAGUACACACACACACACACACACACACACGCACACACUCAUGAGGGUAAAGGCUCAGUUAUUUUAUUGAUAACAUGCAGAGGAGGAACAUGAUCAUCUCAUCCUCUGUAUCACUAGGUAAUGAAAAAUAGACUCGAGUAUCCAAAUUUGCUCUGAUAAUAAUUAAUCAAUACUGAUAUCUGAAUACUUUGAAUGUGUUUGAUAUUGAACAUUUAAUAUUUGCUUCAGUCAUUUAAAUGAAGUUUAUAAUUGGAGUUUGUGAUGUUAGAAAUUCCAAGUUAGGCAGCCAUCAGAUUUAUGGGCCUUCUUUUAUUACUGUAAUCAAAUUAAUUCAUUAUUUUGACAACCUCUACAAAUAUAUGAGAAAUUAAAUUUAAAAAUGGUUUGGCUUUUCAUUCAUAGAGUCAGACAGUUAUCGUUAACAUUAUCAAUUAGUCAGUGUUUUUUUUUCUUCAUUAUGCCUCUCUCAUUUCAUUCCUACUUACAGUAGUGAAGUUAGGGGUUUUAUUUUCUCUUGACUUAGUGCAGAUCUUUGACAAUCUAACUGAAAAUGAUCUUGUGUAUCAAGGGCUAAACCUGGCUUUGAAUUUAGUCAGUCAAAGUCCCAAUUCAGUGUGACGAUUCAACGAUCCCUUUUGAGUUCAGCAUCACAACAAACUCCCUUUUCAGCUGUCAUGUUUGAUCUGUAAGGGGCUUGUUUACCAGAGUUUUCCAAAAAGCAUUAUGUGAGGGUGAGACUUCAGAACAUUUGUAGCUGACUCCCUUUUUUCAGGUCGCCCUAACUCCUUUUAAAACUCUUAUCAGUCAAAGGGAUGAAGGAUUUUGCAAUAUAAAAGACGUCUUGAUUUAGAGGUAUCAGAGGAACAAGAUCAGCUAACAUUAGCAGCAGCUUGGCUCACAGCCUCCCAAAAAGGUGUGACAAAGAGAUGCUGUUUUUUUCUAACACACACUUUAUUCAGAUCUGCUUAUUAAGAGGAGGAGUUAACCUCUGCUGAUAAUUUUUCAUAGUCGAAUCGCAGUGAGCCCUGAAAAAACAAGCGGAGAAAUGACUGAUGAACAGCUCAGCUCGCAGCCCCCACUGAUGUCCUGAUUUAAAGAGUGUUUUAACAUGAAUUACUUUCUCAACUUAUUGCAGCCGUAGACUUUUCUCAGCAACUUUUUUAGUCAUCCUGACCAGAGACAAAGAGGUAAAGUUGAGACAGGCUCACUAACAACUACAGUGCACCUCACUCAUGUCAGCCGUGCCCCGAAGUAUGCAAAAUAUGUAACCUUGAUACCUACAAAAUUAAAGAGUUAAAAAGUCAUUCACCACUGGUACAGUUUGUGUGGAUUAAGGGGGUUAAUGAUUAGACAUGUAUUGAUCAUAUCAAAUUUAUACAUAAUGAAUUUAUGUAGGGUGAUCAUAUUCUGAAUCCCCUAAAAGAGGACACGACUGCACGGAGUCACGCAUAGUAAAUUUUGAGUUUUUGAGGUUGGGUCGAGUGUUUUUUACGCACUUCUAACUCAGUUAGUCCAUGUGACACAAACUCAAAACUUCCAUACAAAACCCCGGACAUUAACAGGAUUUUAUAGACUCCUCAGAUAAGGCCGAACAUCACCCAAAAAAGAGGACAUGUCCGGGUAAAAGAGGAUGUAUGGUCACCCUGAUUUAUAUAAUUCAAAAAUCCAAAUUUUUAACAAGCAACUCGUAAAUGAUUGUCAACAUUCCCAAAGAUCUAUCACAAAGAAUACUUUUGAAUGUACAUCCCAAGUGAUGAGGGUGGUUUUUAACUAUUUUUGUAAAGAUUGAGAUUUUUUGAAUGAGACUAUUUGCAGUGUCCAAGCCUCAAGUUUACACUUGUCGAACUGCAGUUUUAAGCCCUUCUGUGUUAGCUUCAUUUUGGGAAAUGAAGCUUUGAUACUGGGAUUAAACUUUAUUUGCUGGAAGACCUCCACUUCUGAAAAUAAAUUUACUUUUCCAUGCAACAAAAAUGUUGCAAAAAGUAUUUAUGUAGACACUAAAAAGUUCAGACUCUAUAAAAUAUAAACUGGCAUGCUGAGGAUGCCUGUUUUUAUUUUCAAGUCCUGUCAGUGAUGGCCAUGGUUUUAUCUGAAAUCAUUAAUUGCAUUAGCAGAUUUUGCCCAGAUCAAUGAUUAUCCACCGUGAAUCAUCUCUUAUUGCAAAUCAACACAUGAUGUCAUCAGGACGUCUGCUCAGAGGGAUAACCAAAGACUUGUUCCAAACCAGGAAACCAGCAUAAUUUGAUACUUGUGGUCCUUACCAAACAGAAAAUCCUCUUUUCACUUGCCUCUUUUCCACCUCGACUCGAAAGGUCAGAAUCAGCUGCAGAGCAGCUCUUCUGCAGCUGUUUUAGAUUCAGUGUCUCGUUUCGAAAACACUUCAAUGAGACUCAUGAUUGCUGACACAGAGACUUGAACCCAAGGCCUCCAUCUGAAGGACAACAUCUCUGCUCGCUGCAUCAGCGUGGAGCCAACAAGUCCUGCUUCUUAAUCGGGAGCUCACUCUGCUUGUGAUGGCUGCGCUGACAUAAUAAUCAUUCAAUGAGUCACUACUGCUGAUGAAUGGACUAGACACCAUCUGCCUCCUCCAUUUACUACCAUCCACAUGCAUUCAAAUGAUUUACUUACCAAUAAAUUAAACAUUUCCAAACGUUGAACAUCAAAGUCACAGAGCAAAGUUGCAGUGGCAGAGCUUAUAAUUGAGGUGGUGGAGCCGUGCACAAACACUGUGAGAAAUGAACAAUACGAGUAAACAUGUGGCCAAAGGAACCUGCUGUAGUAUGUCCACUAAAUAAAUAGAACCUAAAUUUACUUUGAGGCAACUUAAAUUAUACAAGUUAAAACCGGAUAUCAGUACUUUUCAUUCAUACCAGCUUAAAAAAGUACUUUGAAUGAAUGACACUCAUGUUUCACUUUUUUCAGUGUUGCACCUCAGGUGGGCAUUUUAGGAACUGCAGUUUUCUUCUUUUAUAUCCUUGUCAGCUGAAUUUGUACAGUCCCAGACAUCCCCUUCUGGUAUCAUCUGUCAGGCAGGGGAUUGCAUUUGCUUGUCAGGGGUAUCCAGCACAGUCCGUGUUUUUAUUUACACGCUGUAAACACGUUUAAAGCUGCUCUGUAUUUGAUGUCAGAUAUGAUCAUCAUGGCCUUUUGCUCGGAUGAAGCCAGCAGUCAAGCAGUCAGUUCAUACAGCUUUCCGUGUGUGUGUGUGUGUGUGUGUGUGUGUGUGUGUGUGUGUGUGUGUGUGUGUGUGUGUGUGUGUGUGUGUGUGUGUGUGUGUGUGUGUGUGUGUGUGUGUGUGUGUGUGUGUGUGUGUGUGUGUGUGUGUCUGUGUGUGUGUGUGUGUGUGUGUGUGUGUGUGUGUUGAUGAGCUCUGCUAUAAGCUGGCAGAAUGAGUCAUGCUGCAGACCCAGAGUGUGAAUGCACCCAUCGACAUUCAGACUCACUCUACACAUACAUGCAUGUGCACUGAGUCAGUCACAACAUACAGGAGAUUGAAAUGAAGACCCUGCUUGUCUCUCUCUCUUUCAUUGCUUCUCUGUCCAUCUCUCUCUCCUUCUCCUCUGGUUGAUAUAGACAUCACUGCUGGAGAGCUGUCAUUACACAUUCUGAGACAAAACCCCUCAAUACUUCUUUUUUAUGAGGCCACUUGAGUCGGAAUGAUGACAGAAAACUGCUGUGAUAAAUCUACAGGAAUAUCCUGAUCCUUUAUUGGCUGAUUACUGAACCUCAGCACUACAACUAUCACAUCAAUUCGAAGAACAAUAUAUGUCAUUAUACAUACAGCAAACAAAGGUUUCCCAACUGAGGUGUAUUUUUGAUCAGCUGUGGUUCUCAUGGAUCAUUUGAGCUGUUAAAUAUCAAAAAAGACUAUACUUUUUUUCAGGACCAGGGUGUCGUCUUUGGGCAGCUUCUUAUUAUCCAGCCAAUGGUCCAAACUUAAGUUUAAUACAGAAUGAUUCCGGUAAAAGCAAUGUAGACCAAACCCCCUAAUUUUGAAUGUUAAAGAGCCACCAAGACCAUGUUUGGUAUUUGUAGGGCUGCACAAUAAAUCACAUUUGUGAUCAUAUAAAAGGGAUCACAUGCACCAAAUCAUAUCAGUGCUGACUGUAGCCUCUGUUCAUGGGGCGCCUGUUCCACCAACUGAGCCAAGCCAGCACCUCUUAAGCAUCGUUUUUAGGUCGCCCUCAGGUGGAAUUGUUGUCAUGUUGGUGGAAAGUUUAGGCUUGAUAUCUUUCAGAAGUACAAUUACUACAGAUUUAAGUAGAUACCAACUGUUAGGGAUAUUUUGUGUUUGCAAGUAUAGCGUUCCCAUAAGCAACAGCAUCCUGGCCAAAACUAGUAAGAUACAAGGGGGAUAUUCCCAAGUGUUGUUUCACAGAUUUGAUGAAGAGCUAACUUGUGGGGUUGUUGGUUAUAAAUAGUUUUUUCUGAAGUGAGUUUGGAGGCUCACCUGUCCCCCCUCUCUGCUCCAGACUUUGACUUCUUAGUGACCUCUGCUGUGUGGUCAGCAGUGGGUUUGUCUCUGGCUCAGCACCACCCUGGGCUGGCCUCAUCUGUCUCUCUCAUUAGCCAUCACCCCUCCUCUCUCCCCCCUCCUCUUCCUCCUCCAUCUCUGUCUGUUCUCCCCUCCCUCUGUACUUUUCACCAGAGACUCUAACCUCUCUUUCCUCCCUCAGUGUGAUGCCGCCUGGGCCCGGGGCCAAUAAUAUAUAUAUGUAUGCGUAUGUGUGUGUGUGCACAUGAGAUGGAGAGAAACCCACCUUGGCUGGGUCAGACAGACACACCCCCAUAAUCACUGCGACGAACCCAGCUGCUGCAUCGCACUUUGAUAUCAUUGCUGUAACCUUUAUGUGUCAUUAUGGUAACCUUUUUACAUAGCUGUCAUUUCCGCCACUAGUUACUCUUCCAGGCCGGGGUCUGGGUAAUGCACCGUCAGCUUUUGUAGCGCUGAAGGGCAUAUUUAAACCUUAGUGGUAGCUGUUUUCACCUUGUUCUGUUUGUGUUGGCUGUAGCCAGAUGCUCAGAGGAGUAAGGGUAGAGUUUACGCUGCUGGACUAGAAUACAAGAAAAGUUACUUUUAUUAUAUCUACCCUUCUUCUUUUUGUAGUUUUGCAAUCCCUCCUAUCAUAUAAAUGAAAAUACUGAUUUAUUGCAUGGAUUAUUUAAAACGUUACCAAGUAGAGGGCACUCUUCUUUGAAAUCCAUCCCAAUAUCUGGGCUGCCUUUUUAACUACCACAACUUUACUGGCUGAUAGCACAAUUGAAUAACCUGUAAUCUUUUGUCCCCAAGAGAAGAAAAAUAAAAACCCUCAAAAAGGCUCUAUAAGGAUAAGAGCAUGCCAGUGCUAACUUUUAAGGUCCUUUCACACCAGUACCAUUUUUUAAGUGCGAUUAUUUCGGACGUCAUUAUUUUUUUUGAACCCGUAUCCUGUCAAUACAAGUGUUCACAUCAGCUGUGUUAUCCUGUCCUUUCAUAUUGCAGCAUUUGUUUUUUCGGAUCAUGGUCGAUUUUUCUAAAGUUUUGCAUACUGUGUGUCCACUUCUGACCAAACAGAUUGCGUGUUGUUGUGACGUCAGAUUCACCGGUAUAUCCAACAUGGCGGACCGGCUAAUUGUUUACAUGUCGGAGAACAGAGUGCUUUUUGAUAAAAGACACAAAUAUUACAAAGAUAACGACCUGAAGGACAACUUGUGGAGAGUCAUAGCGUCGGAUCUCUCAUAUGACAAUAGCAUGUGUGCUUUAACAGUUUGCUAAACGUCUUUGUUUUAACUUUCAUCUGUGCUAAGUAACUUUAGCUCGUGAGCUAACCUGUUCGGAUACAACAUACCAUAUGUAUUUUCACUGUCUCAAACUCGAUCACAGCGUGGCUGUCACAGCACCAUUAGGUGUCGGUUAUAACCUUACGUUUAUGGAUUAUAGUUUAAUGUGCUUAUCUGGUACUGGCCCCAACUCAUUACAUGCGAUCUAAAGUCCAGCAGAAUAGUAUGCUACAUGCUACAGACAGCCAUCUCAACACUAGUGUCUAAUCAGAACUGAAAACGGUCAAUCUGGUGUUGUGCCAGUCUUCUCGCUUCCACCCGGGACGCGUCUUUUCCCCCUGGAGAGUCACAAAAUCACAUCAGGCUUGAUAUGUAUAGUCAGGGGCAUCAGAAUUCGCCUCCGAAUACUUAGUAGUUUUGCGUUCCAUAUUCGUGUCGGCCCCAGUGUGUAAGGACCUUUAGUCUGCAGUUACAUGCCAAAAAAAGGAAUGAAAAAAGGGAAAAAACAGCACACUAUUUGAGUUUGGUUCAUUGUAUUUGCAUACAUGCAUUAAAAAGUGUAGUGUGCAGUCCAUUUUACCCAUUCUCUUAAUCAGUUGGCUGAUUAAUCGGGCCAGUUAACAGCAUUUUGACAUAUUUGGCAUCAUAUCAGUAUCAACUCUCACAAAGCCUAUAUCGGCAUAAUCUUUUAAAAAAAAAAUGCACUUGACGGCAAAAUCAAAUCUAAGACUGACUAAUAUUUAAUAAAAAAUUCUGAUGACUGUGCUCUAAAGAAUAAUGCAGUUCAAUAUUAGUAAUAUUAAUAUUUACCUUUUUCUUUCUCACUUUUUCCAGAUAGUUGGGCAGAAAUCCAAAAGUCAUUGGUGACAAUAUUUUAAAAACCCUUAUUUGUUGAUGUUCAUUUUGCUGAAUUCACUUCAAUUGAGCAAUAUUGUUUUUCAUUUGAUGGUGUUAUUACUAACUGAGUGUGAAGCGGCUGAGAUGUGACAGUAGUGAUGCAGACGCUGCACAGAUCUGUCGUGGUGAAGAGGAAGCUGAGCUGAAAGGCAAAGCUCUGGAUAUACUGGUUGAUUUAGGUUUCUACCCUCACCUUUGGUCACAAGCUGUGGGUAGUGACCAAAAGAACAAGAUCACGAGUACAAGUGGCCAAAAUGAGUUUCCUCACAGGGUGGCUGGGUGCUAUCAUGGAUAGGAUGAGACGCUCGUUCAUCUAGGAGGGGCUUAGAGUAGAGCUGUUGCUGCUGCUUCUCCGUGUUGAGAGUAGUCAGAUGAGGUGGUGUGGGAAUCUAACCAGGAAGUCUGCUGGACGCCUCACUGGUGAAGUGUUCAGGGUACGUCCUACCGGCAGGAGACCACACGGAAGAACCAGGACAAGCUGGAGAGUCUAUGUCUCUAAGCUGGCCCAGGAACACCCCAGAUUUUCCCAAGGGAGAGUUGGACAAAAUGGCCAGGAAGAGGGGAGUCUGGGCUUCCCUGCUUGGGCUGCUACCCCCACGACUCCACAACGGAUAGGCGGUAAAAUAUGACUGGACAGAUGGCAUUUUUAUAUUACAAAACAACAAUAUAACAUUUGCAAUAUUUACUGGCUUGAAGACUUCCGGCACGGUGCUGAAAAUCCGGCUCGGGAUUUACAUUUUUUCUAAUCAUCAAAUCAAUCAAAAAAAAAAAAACCUGCAGAUGGACAGCCUCACGGUAGCUGGUGCCGAAAACUGAAAGAGCCAGGUGCUUGUUUUUGAGUGCCUUGCACCAGAAAGCUUAUAUAUGGCAGCAGUGGGAAAAAGUUCGGUGAAGUUGGAAAGAUAUUCACAGAUUCUGACUUCCGGGAUCAAUAACUUGUGAGGCGACACGUUGUCCAGACACAAAUGAUGCCUCUUUCACGUCAUAAUAGCACAGACUACUAGAUACAAAAAACGAUUUUUCUACAAAAUCAAGCAAUUCUUCGAGGGCAAGUGCGCAGGGGACAGGCACAGGACUUUUCUCUGCUUCAAGCUCUGCUUAAUAUUGGUAACAAAUCAGUCGGCCGCUGCUCACGACUACCCUUUUACUUAAAUAAAGAUGUCUGUUGUCUCUGGAAUCCUGUGUUAUCGUACCCUAGCUAGUUAUACCAAUAACUAUUAGCAUUAUACAUACAUAAGAUCCCGUAUUAUCGCAGCUACUGACCGUACCUUCUGGGUUGGCCCUAGCUUUCACAGUACUGUACAAACUUAAUGUGUGUGCUGAACUUCUGCGGCAGUCUCAGAGGAGAGAGGAAGUGGGACACUUCUGUUAUUGUUGACAACAAAACCAUCAAAAGCUAUCCAGUCGCCCACUACUCAAUCAGUGGCUGAUAUCACCCAGAGGAGUGUCACUUAGCGCUGUGCUGAACUGUCUGAGGGAGUGUUAUGCGGAGUUCUCCUACGAGCCAUGAGCUACCACACUGUCUUCGCAUAAUAUAUUAUGCAAGUUUGUGUCCUUACAUCUAUCAGUGUUACUGUUUGAAGAGUCCAGCGAUUGCCUGCGGGAGACAAAAUGGCUGCUGUGUGAAGUUCAUAUCAGUACAGCAGCCGAGCAGGCCGUCCUCCAGCUUCAGGCCAGUCUUCUGUCCCCUGGUUCAAGUGUCUGAAAUCAGCUACAGAGGCAUCAAAGUGAAGUUAGCCGCUGUUGUAAUGACUGGCAUUCUCUUUUACCAUAUCACAAAUGUGUGGUUUUUUUCACACCCUCUGUGUAAUCCAAAAUUCCUGAGCUUAAUUGAAGUCGCACGGGAGCUUGCUGUGUUAACCAAAGUUGGUGCGAGGAAGCCUUUUUAAGUCCAAUUCGCCUUGAGGCUGCAGGUCUUGCGAGAGAAGAAGUGGGCGUUCGUUUGUUCAUCAAGCUUUUGUCCUGCAGGUUUUUUUGUAUAAACUCACUGAAGGAAAGGCGCAUGAACUCUUGAUCUACAACACAUUUUAGAAACCUCAUCCUUUUAAUUACGGCAAGACUAAUUAUGAAUCUGUGUUUGUGUGUGUGUGUGAGAGAAAGACAGACAGAAGAAGUGAUGUGUGCAUAUCCUCACGGCACACAUUUAUCUUGCUCUCUUUUUAAAACAUUAAGAUGCAACUGAAGGAACUCUUGAUUAUUACAAUCAGUUCACAUUUUUAAUGUUGAUAUAUCUGUCUUUUUAACAUGCUUAUCAGUACGUGCAGUAAGUUUGCUGUGAUUAAAAUUGGUGUUUCUUUAAACUCGAGAACAUGGUAGGCUACCACCUCGGGGAGCUCUCUACUAUCCUCUCCUUUCCGUGUAGUCUGGAACAAAAGCUGUUUUACUGCUUUCCUGUUUUCUUCACAGCAAAGAAGAAAUAAAUAUGCCCCCUUUACAAUAACACCAGAGACAAGCUUAUACACUCACACACUUCUUUCACUCUGCCUCAAUUGUCUCUCAUUUAAUAUCACCGGCAAUAAAUCACCAUGGUUAUGCCUCCUCAUUUGAUUUAGGAGGGAUCUGAUUAUGCUUUAUUGUGGAGUCAUUUGAGUGGAGCUGAAUUAUUAAUCACAACCAGCCUAUUGUUUUUCUAUUUUUAUUUUCUCCCAGCCCCUUUUCUUUCUUAAUUGAAAUCAGUCAACCUGAGACACACUAAUCACUGUGUCACUGGCAUUGUUUGGAUGCUCGUUGGCAUUCAUGGCAGGCCACCAUAAAGCACUUUGUGUGUUAUUAACAGAGAAUAAGUUCACCUGAACUAUUUCACUUUUUUAAAGGGAUGAAAAUGAAGAUUUUUCUGAUCCUCCCAUUUGAUCCAGGCUGAAAUAUCGCAGAAACUAUUUCAGGAAGUUUUCAUGAAAUCUGGUGGAAAUAUCUUGGGCACCCAGCGGAUGAGUCCUAAUUAAUUUGGUGAUCUGGUUAGUCAUCCCUUCGCACCGCCAGCUCUACAAAGUUUGGCACCUGAUGGAUUAGCACUUGUGCAGAUAUUUAUGGCUCAUAGACACAAUGAGAAAAUAGAGAUGGGAAUUAAGUAGAUUUUAUCAAUACUUAGGCCAUCACCAGUUCUGCUCACCGAUCCAGAUCUUCAUUGAGUCCCUUAUCAAUUCUUGUGGAUUUUUGUCAGCACAUACAGGUUUUUAAUGUUAAUCCUAUUACAAGUUUUACUCUCUUUACUCUGCUGAAACAGGGAAGUCUGGCUCUCUGCAAGAUUAGCUGAUACAGCGUCUGAUUGGUCAGACCAAAGAUAGCAGCCUUCCUCUGGCAUAAUCUGCUAACAACAGAAGAGAGUAUAUUUCUUUAGAAGUGAUCCAUAAAUCAUCACAGAUUACCUUCAUUUUUGAGUUACUGGAUAUGAAAAGUCACUGAGGAAACACUCAUCAUCUCUGUAGGAUAGAAGGCCCUGGAUGUCACAGAGACACAAAGUUUAUCACCGAGAAGAAGUCAGUCUCACAAAGUGAGUGGAUUUUACAGAAGAUCAUCCCAAUCAAAUUUUCAGAGUAGAUAUUGUUAUCACAGCAGUAUUAAGUAGUAUAGGACAGUAUUUUGGAGCACGCUUGCCGUCUUAACACCAUGUUUACUUCUCUCUCUGGCUUUCAUAGUAGAAACUUGACUCUUAAAAUACAUGCAAAACAUUCUAGUUGCACUAAAUCUCCUCAAUGUCAGACUAACACACCAAGAUAAAGAGGUUGGGGAUGCAUUUUCUCUUGCUAACUUAUGCCUCAAUCAAACUGAAAUUGGUGAAAUUUGCACAGACAUUAAACAGCAUAAAUGGGCGGCUAGGACACUUGGUAGGUGACAAAAUCUCAAAAGAAGAAGCAGGUAAGAUAAAAUUGUUUGUAGAGAAAGUGUGGGAGGUAAAGUCGUCUGUUUUUUAAUCGUUUGAUGUACAACCUGUUCGUUCUGUCAGUCAGAUUCUAUUUGUAGAGCACUUAUCGGAUAACAAAAUGUAGCGGAAAGUGCUUUAUAUGAAAUCAUUUAAAUCAAUCAAAACCCUGUUUCAUGUGCAAGGCUUAUGUCAAGCAAACAAAACAAAAAUCUGACAAGAUACAUUAAAUACCAGGGGUUCAGAUGGAGAAUGAAAAAAAUACAAGGUAAUAAGCAAAAUGAAAUACCAAAAACAAACAAACAAAAAAUCAAUUAACCAUGCCAUAAAAAAUACUAGACCGGGUGAUAGAUCACUUAAAAUUGUAUACGUCAUAAUGAAACAAUAUCAAAUAUAACUCAAGACCUGAACAGUUAGGUCUUCUGUUUGUAGGUUGUUUUGGUAUAUGAGUAAUGAGUCGACUGGGGGAAAAGAGAGCUGAUAAGGGGCGUGCCUUUACCUACUGUAGCUGAGGAAAACACACUCUGGCCUGUAAUUAGAUUCUUGCCCAGUGCCAGAAUGUCUUUGUCUAAUGUCUGUGUGGGACUGGGACACAGGCAUUAGCUCGAUAGAUCCAUCUCGACUUAACUGUGCAUGUAAACGUACUGAGUGUGUGUUUCUUCUGUGUGAUAGAAGCAGCUUCUACACCAGGUCUGUAAAACUACAAAAUGAGAGGAAAACUGAGUUUCUGUCACUGCAACAUAAAUAUACGGUGGAGAGGAGACUGCGCUUUCCAAAUGAUACAUUAGCAUGUUGAACACACUGCCUAAUUUGUCAUUGUUCCUGCUCUUUUUUUCAUCAGCAGGGUCAGAGCUCAGGUUCAGUCAUCAGAAAUGAAAGUGGAGCAGAGAUGUCAUUACCUCACAUCAAGGGCGCUCACAAUUGCACGCUAACUUUAAUGGAGUCUGACCCUGUGAUCCGGCGGUUGUAAAAGCUCGCCUUUCAAAACACAAAGCCUGCCGCUCUUGCACCGCUGUGCACCUUUAGCGCACGGUUCAAGACCUUAAAUUACAGGCUGGUGCAAGAUAAUAUCAUACCAUAAAGCUAUGCGUAGAAGCAAUGCAGCAUCAUUACAUAAGGUCUGAGCUGAAGUUCACUUUUCCAGCUUUCAGGGCUUUUUUCCACUUUGGCUCCUUGCUGUGCAUCUUUGCAGCUCCCGUUGGCCCUCGGCUCCCCUCUCCUGUCCUUUCUGCUACUUUCUGUACUUCUUGAAACUCUUAGUCCAGAGUUUCUGCUCUUUUGUCUCUGAUCCACUAUGGCUAACUUUAACUCCUGCACUCUCUCACUACUCGUGGGCCAGAUUUCUUCCAUCCAUAUCCUCGGUUGAAUCUCCUUAUUCCUCUGUGCCCUGCCUCCACUCAGUGUGUGUGCAGCUACAUCACUGCUGGCUCUUCUCAUUUCACCUCCUCCCGAUCUCGCACACAUAUCCUAGAAACACACUCUGGCACACCUGUCUUCUCACGCCCUGUGGCAGGGCAGCGGUGUACUGUAGGAUAUAAAGUGUGUGUGUGUGUGUGUGUGUGUGUGUGUGUGUGUGUGUGUGUGUGUGUGUGUGUGUGUGUGUGUGUGUGUGUGUGUGUGUGUGUGUGUGUGUGUGUGUGUGUGUGUGAGAGAGAAAGAGAGAGAGAGUGGCUGCAGCUGCUUUUGGCCAUCCAGGCUGCCUCCUCGUUUUCAGCUUCAUUUCCCCCCCUAAUGAAGAUUCAGAGGCAGCGCAGCUCCCGGUACAGGGCAGGGGAGGAGAGGAAGGGAGGAAGGAGGAAUAAAUGCUGCCAAGGAAGAAAGAUAGGGAAAGCAGAAAUAUGAGGAAGGAAGGAAAGGGAGGAAGUGAUUUGAGGAGAGAAAAGGUGGAAGAGGAAGUGAGCUUCAACAGAGGUAAAGAAAGAGAUAAUGGUGAUGAGUUGAACGAUAAAGAUGGUAUAAAACAAAGUACCUCUUUCUCUCUCCCUCCCUCUCUUUCUCUCUCUCUCUAUCCUAAUUAGCUCUCAGGCUGUGAUGAAUGGUGCAGCACUUAGAAACCAAUCGUCAAGCCGACCUUGUCAUGUGUGUUGAUGGGGUGGGGUGACUCUACCCCCCUCCCCCUCCACCACCACCUCUAUCCCCCUCAUACCUAUAGUACCACCUCCUGUGGAAGCAGAUGCUGCUUAUAUCCAGGUCUGUGUGUGUGAGUGUGUGUUGAGUAACUAAAUAUCCUGUGAGUUGUAGAGAAAAUAUAACGUUUCUGCUUCUGUUUCCAGGUUUUUAUCUGCGCAUUUAAAGCCAGCGCAAGCAGUUGAGUCCUCCUAUCUUUCUGUGUGGUGAAAAUUUCCUUCAAACUGCCUCCUGAUCACUUUGUUGGAGACUAAUGCCAACAGUGAUGCCAACUGUGCACUCGUGUAUGCACCCUGUCCGACUUCUAAUACUCCUCUCACCAGUACUGGAGUCACCUUUUUACUGUCUUUCUCUGACAAAAGAUGAAGUUUGGAUGAGAAGUUUCCUUAAAAUCAGCAGUGAAACAUUUCCCUGCAGCUUUUGUUGCACAAACUUGAGAACCUAAAAACACUGACACUGCAGGGGUGGCCAGGAUAUAAGAAUAAGAAGAACUUUAUUAAUCUCCGAAGGGUAAUUCAAUUGUCCGUUGUCUCAAAUAAUAUGUCUCUAAAAGUUAUCUACUAUUUAUUUUUAUUUAUAAGCGUUAUAAAGCCUGAUGGCUGUUCGUACAAAAGAUCUUCUGAAUCUUUCUGUCCUGCAGUGAAGAGAGAGGAACCGUCCACCACCAUUUGCCCUUUGGUCCAUCAAGGUGUUGUGAAGUGGGUGAUCCAUGUUCUUGAGAAUAGUCUCCACCUUCCUCAGUGUAGAUCUCUCCACCACGUCCUCCACUGAGUCCAGCUUGAGUCCUACCACAGAGCCAGCCUUUUUCACCAGUUUGUUAAGACGUCUUGCAUCUUUGUGUUUGAUGCUUCCUCCCCAGCAGACUGCAGCAUAGAACAGAACACUUGCCACCACAGACUGAUAAAACAUCUGCAGCGUCUUACUACAGAUGUCUUUUGAUCGGAGUCUUCUCAGACAAAAGAGGCGGCUCUGCCCCUUUCUGUAGAUGAAGUCUAUAUUCUUGGACCAAUCCAACUUAUUAUUCAGAUGCACUGUGGCCUUCCUGUCAGGUAAUCUGCGAUCCAGGAAACACAGCAAGAAUCCACUCCCAUCUCUGUGAGCUUGUCUUUGAGACAAGCUGUGUACAUGCUCAGAUUAUUAGCAUAACUUUGUCUCCUAUCUGUCUGAAGUGUGGUGCAGAGCUUAAAUUCUUGUGUAUAGUUUCAGUACUUAAAUGUGUUUUGGCUAAUAUAAUGAACUUAAAGUGUGCAUUUUUAGGUUUAGAAGAAAGACAAGCUCAGAUAGUCCUCUUUUGCAUCAGGGAAAUUCAACAUUUUGUAAAAUACUUAAUACAAUCCAAGGGAAACAAUUGAUUACUGCAGCUCUAGUUUGGAGUUGAUUCUGCUGUUUAGAAUUUUUAGUGUUGUUAUUUCUCAUGUGUACUAAUGAUCACUCAUUGGUUUUCUCAGACUCAAAUGAAUCACUGUCGUCGUAUUUGUCAGCUGUAGUGUCUCACACUUUUCUCUCAGCCUGGUGCUGAGGAUUGUGUGAUACAGCUGGAGUUCUACCAGGUGAAGACUGAGCCACAAGCUUUGGUUGUGAGGAUUUUCGCCAGCUGGAGCUCAGUGUCUAGAUUAAUUUUUUUUACAGUUAGAAAAGCAGGCCAAUGGUUUAUAUGAAUGUAACGUUACUACAACUGACUGAGAGAAGCUCCCCUGACAUCUUACAAGGGUAAACAUUAUUACUGUGACUAAUCAAACAGCCACAUUAUUGAGGUGAAAAGUAGAACGAGCAACAGACAAAUCCAUACACAGUUUGGUCAGUCAGAAUUUGAACAGAUUGAAAAUUAAUAAUCAUCAUUAGUUUACGGAGUGAAAUUGCUCACAAGUUUCUACAAAUGUCAGGUGAGGUAAAGUCAAGUACCCCUGACUUAUGACCAUUUUAAUAGUAAUAGUAAUAAAUAACUUUAUCUAUUUAGCCCUUUAUAACAGAAAAACAGAAAUAGAGAGAGAGUACAGAAAUACAGAGAAAGAAGAGACAAAAACAAGAAAAAUAAAAGAGUUGACAACAGCAAGACAUCUAUACUGUUGCCACAAUAACCAGUCAGCAAGAAUAAGUUAAAAUUCAACAAAAUAUGUAAUUGAAAGUUAAUAAAAUAAGUUAGAAUUCAUUAAAAAUACGCAAACUAAGUUCAAACUCCAGUAAAUACACACAUAUAAAUGAGAUUUUCCUCUUUUAUUUUGAUAGGUAAAAGAAAAUAGAAAAAUUCAAACACUCUUAAGACAAUUUUAAAGGAGACAGAAGCUUUGACUGUGUUUCAAACUGUAGCAACCUCUUCAGUCACAGUUCAGAGUCUGAAAAAGCUUUCUACUCUUGAGCAUCCUGGUUUUUACAGGUUUUAAAGUGGAGGCUAGAGCUAUUCUACUCAAAUUGCAAAGAAACCAUGUGGGAGAGUUCUCAGGGGUUCUUACCUUAUAAUGUUUACAGUUUUUGAUCAGUGAAAAUCUGUAAAUCACAGUAUUGUUCUCACUCUAUAAGUUGCAUUAUUUGUGUCUGACAUGACAUUUUAUCACUGAAAAAUAAACAUGUUAAACACCAGAAUGGUUGGCCAGAUAUAUUUUGGUGGCUCCUCUGGUAUGCAGCAUAAGUAUAUAUUCAGAUUUUUUUAUUUUCCCAUGCCUCGAGAAAACCUCUACCGCCCAGAAAAAUCAACCAUAACAGGUAGAGUUAAUGGGUGAGGAAACACUAGUUAACCAUUAUCUAAGUCAUAUUCAUCAUCCUGCUGCUGUUUAAAUAGGCCAGAUGGAGACUAAAAGAUCAAGAGGCUAAUCUGUGGAUGGAUGAUAUCAGCAUAUUAGGCCAGGGGACAUAUAAGAUACAUAUGACCAUUGAAACGUUCCCUCAAUGUGUCAUUUUCAGACUUGAUGAAGUUGAGGAAAGAGAGAAAGUCUUCUGAAAACCAGACGCACUUUCCUCACUGGUAUCUGGUCUGUGAUUUUAAUUUUGAAUGUGUUUUUGUGAUUAUGAUAUCUGGAGCUUCAUAGGUGAUAUGCUUCAGCCUCCAGUCUCCGCUCACAUCUCCAUCAGUGUAUCAUGCGUGUGUGUUUCAGAUCUCAUGUGUUGUGUCUUUUCUCCCCUGCAGAGCAGUAAGAACUGGCGGGCUGCGGUGGAUCUGACAGGCCGGCUGCUGACAGCUCACGGUCAGGGAUACGGAAAAGCUGGCCAACCAACCUCCCACACCACCGACUCACUGCAGGUAAGACGCCAGGGAUUUUCUCCCCAUACGUCUCUCCAUUCAUCUGUCCGUCUCUCCGUGUGUUUUUGUGGGUGUUGGAAACUGAAGCCAAGAAUCUUAUUCUUCAGAUUAAUCCAGUUUCCAAACACCACCGCAGAAACGCAGGAGAAUUUUGAGUUUGUUUUGUUGUUUUUCCUUCUAUUCUUUUUACAUGAUUUGCACAUCCUCAUGCCGUGUUUGUAAGGCUCUAUUCAAAAGACGGAUGGCAGUGUAAGCUCAUUAGGAAGGCCACCCCUCUGUUCAGCUCCACGCAUGACACUUGAAAUUAAUCAACCAUGUUGUCGGCUUGUGUUAGUUUUUACUCUUUAUUUUGCUUUUUUUACAUACUGGCACAAAGUUCAGGCUUUAAAUGUGUUUUGUGUUUAAAUUUUAUGUUUAAAUGAUCACAAUUAAAAACUUUUUUCCUCUUUACCUGCUCAAAGUUCAGCCAAAAGGUCAGCGACAGAAUCAUGCAUCAUAACAGAACUCUGUUCACCUUUCAGCACUGAGCUAAACUUUCACUGUCUGCAGAAUCUUAAAUAAGGAACAAUAACACAAAUAUAAACACAUAACAGGUGAGUCAUCGUUAAAAGGCGCGCAAUAGAUGGAAUGCAUGGCCAAGAAUUCAGUCAAGACCAUUUACAGUUUUUAUUCCCCAAACUAUGGAGACCUGUUAUUCCCAGUUGAAAAAAAACAAAACGGGGUAUUACUUUAUAUCAAAGUCCUUUAAUUAGCAUCAAUUACUGUUAAAGGGCUCUUCUAAGACCUUAUAAGGUACUUAUAAACAUUGAACACCGUGCCCACUUCAGAUCAGAUCCAAUUAAUUGUUAAUGAGUGCUUAAUAAAGACUUGUUGUUCCCCACAAGGCUGUGAUCUGGAUCUUUUAUUGUGUUACCCAUGUUAAAUAACAUCUAAUUUCAGUUAAAAAGUCUUUCAUUUGUUCUGUCUGUCAUUCAGUUGUCUUAUAAGCAGCAUUAAAUGUUAAUUCUGAUUAUAACAAAGCUUCACACAGUUCCAUUAAUGCUGAUAAAAAUCUGUACAUACCGUUUGAAAUACUAAGUUUUCUGCAUGUGUAUCAGGCUUAAAACUCAUUUGUUAAUAAAUCUUAAAUUAUGCAGUCUGUUAAAAGGAAAUAUCCUUCUUAUGUUUAUGAGAUGAAUUGUUAUAAGCACCUUUAAAUUACUGAAGUGGCUAAUCAAUGAUGAUUAAUGCUUAUUAAAAGACCUUAAUAUAAAGUGUUACCAAAAAAGGUAGAUACAAAACUUAAUGAUUCAAACAUCCACAGAGUAACUAGUUUGUGUUUGACUGAUGAUUCAGUGAAGCUGUGACCAGAGGAGAUCAGAAAAUGUACACAAUUCACAUUUAAUGUUCGUGUUUGUAUUUGGGAUAUUUGGUUAAUACUUCAUAACAAACAGACGGAGGUGUGUUUGUGUGUUUUCCAGCUGUGGUUUGUGCGGCUCGCCCUCCUCAUCAAACUCAACCUGCACCAAAACGCUGAGCUGGAGUUUGAGCCCUUUGGCAACCUGGACCAACCAGACCUCUACUACGAGUACUACCCCACUGUGUAUCCCGGGAGAAGAGGUACACACACACACACAAACACACAUACACUCAACCCUUUGGGUCAUUACUACAGAGGCUUUCUUCCCCGGAAGAGCAGCUGAUUAGAAACGCUUGUUGUCAGAGUCUGGCUCCUUUUUUUUAUCCAUAAUGUGUCUGAAAAGGAGCUCCACAAAUUCUCUGUGAAGGUUAGUGUUAGUGAUGUUGCUUAAAUCAGCUCUGAUAUUUGUAUCUCAGAGUUUUUUUAAUGUGUUAUUAGCCCACUCUCCAGAAGGAUUUUGCAUUUUACCCACGCUUUUUUAAGGAUACACUAGCAUACCAGCACUGUCCUAUUAAAUAUUCAAAGGAAAGUUUGUGCCAGGAGCUUGAUAUCAGACUGUAUCGUCGAGAAGCUCCAACAACUCCACUUGUCUCCUGCAGUUCUUUGGUUUUGUUUUCCCUCCUUUUACACUGCAUGAAUUGCUCUCUAAUGUAUUCCCAUUACUUUGGAUCUGCUUCGCCCCUCGGGCUACCAUAGUGAAGGCAGUAGCAGAGACACAGCUGCAUGCACACACACACACACACAUACACACACACACACACACACUCUUGUUCUUGAAGCUGCACUGCACAGCUUUUUAAAAAGAGCAACGAUUGACUUUCCAUUGCACAAUUUAAACGCCGGUGCCCUGCUAGGUGCUCGCAGACAAACUGGCACGAGUUGUGUAGUUUGGCAUCAGAAGUUGAACAUUUCUUCAGCCCUUACGCUUACAUCGACUAUCUAUUACUCAUGAUCGCACUCUUUGAACGCCCUUAGAGACAGCUGCCCAUGUAUUAAACUCCCGAGUAUACGGAUUGACUGAGCGCUCAGGAGGAAAUCAAUGUUUAUCAGUUAUUAAUUGGUUUUCCAAAUGAGAAGUUGAGGCCAAUUUGGAUGUAGAAAUAUUAUGACCUGAAUGCCACAGACCCAACAAGAGGAGCCCUUUCAUGUGCUUUUUAAAGAUGUCAUUUUGUACUCAGCCCUCAUGUGUGAACCUUAAAAAGUUUCAGAGACAGGCUGGUAUUCUCACAUGUUGAAAUGAAAAACAAACCUGUGUACUGUUUUUCAAGAAGGUGUCCUUGAUUCAGAUCUUUUCACCACUCGCUGGACAUCAGAUGUCUGCUGCUCCUGCAGGUUUGAAAAUCAAAGUCAACUUCAUCAAUGACGACCAAUCAAUAAAAGGGAACACAGAUGUCUUUCCACUCCCUCGUUUUUAUCUACCCCUCAGAGUCGACAUAAAUAAGAGCAUUUUUGAAGCUCGAGAGACUUCAUCAAUUCAGAAUUAAGGAUCAUGGGACCAGAGACAUUUUUACUGCUGAAUGCUGCUUAUUUAUUAGGGAUGCAGUGAUACCUUUACCUCAAUACUAAAAUUAUCAAUAUCACAAAAAACUAUAUCAUGAGAUACAUAAUAAUAUAAUGAGAUACGAUAAGAUACAAUGCUAUAUAAUACAAUAUUACAAAGCAGUUCCAUGCAAUACAGUAUAAUAUGGUUUGAAACAAUACCAUACCAUAAAGUACUUAACAAUACAACACAAAGUGACUUGAUUCAGUAAAAUAUGAAUGAGUGAACUGUAGCAAUUUGUAUUUAUAAUAAAUGUGUUAAGAUUAAUAAUCUUAAAUUAUGACAUUUAUGCACUUGUUGAAAGGGUCACCGCCCACCCUUUAAUGGUGGGAAAAUUAAGAAGAACAAAAGUUUCAUUCAGAAAUCAAACAUUAAGUCAAUCUCAAAUUAACCAAUCUCGUAUCUCAAGCUGAAAUUCUCAUUUCAGGGACUCCGCUUCUGGAAGAACACUAACAGACAAGAACUUAGAAAAAUAAAUGAUCUGUUUAUUAUAGGAUAAAUGAUGGUACAACAUCCAUGCAAUAAAUGAGGAUAAGAUGAUGAGGAUAAAUAAUAAUCGAUGAACAAAAGAAUUUAAGUCAGCCUAUGAUUACUAAUGUUAAUGAUAGUGAGUGAACAUGCUCUAACAUAUUAACCUACAUUAACUCUGGUGUAAAGAUAAAUUUGGAUGUGGAUUUGGAUGAAUCUAGGAUUACUAGAAUAGGUGAUUUUAUUUGACAUCCCCACUCAGUGUCUGGUUAAAUUGCGAGCUCCUCCUCAACCGUGUCGCAUGUUUAACUCUUCUUCGCCUGCUCUGUUUUCCUCUACCUCCGUUGGUCUCUGCGAGGGUGACUCUGUGGCCUCUGUGUGUGUGAGUACUGAGGAACUGGUAUUGGAAUUUCACUCCACCUGUCUAAAAACACUGGACACAAUCGCUCCUCUGAAGAGCCAGCGCACCAAACCUACGCCCGAGCCCUGGUUGAACGACCUCACUCGUACAGCCAGGCGAGAGUGCAGGAGGGCGGAGCGCAGCUGGAAAAAGGGCAGACUGCAUGUGUCUCUUGGCAUCUUUAAAGAUACCCUGUGGAAAUAUCAGAAGACUGUGAAAGCUGAGAAGAAUAAAUAUUUCUCAGAAUUAAUUGCCUUUAACUGUAACAAUCCUAGAGCUCUGUUCAAAACCAUAAACACUGUCCUUGAGGCUCCCAAGUCUCUUGGUUUUGAUGCCUCCACUGAAAUUUGUGAAAAAUUUCUCCACUUUUUCACUGAUAAAAUUAUGUCAACCAGAGCCUGUAUCUCUCAGCCUUCCUAUGACCCUUCAGCCCCUCUGCACCCCUCAUCUGUCUUUGCUAAAUUUGAGUCUGUGUCCCUCUCUAUUUUAAAGGACAUAGUCAGCCAUAUGAAGGCUUCUGGUUCCCCUGCAGAUGCCAUCCCCCCUCGCUUGUUUAAAGAAGUACUUGCUACUAUUGGACCAAGUGUCCUUAAUAUUGUAAAUAGUAGCCUCUCCUCUGGUACAGUCCCUAGGGAUUUUAAACAUGCUGUAGUACGACCUCUACUUAAAAAAACUGGUCUCUGUGCCAGUUGCAGGCCCAUCUCAAAUCUUCCUUACCUGUCCAAGAUUUCAGAGAAGGUUGUCUGCAAUCAGUUGCUACUAUUUUUGGAAGAUAAUGGUAUCACAGAGUUGUUCCAGUCUGGUUUCAAAGUUCUCCACAGCACAGAGUCAGCACUUUUGAAGGUGUCUAAUGAUAUUCUCUUGUCAACUGACUCUGGAAAGUUUGUUGUCCUAGUGCUCCUAGAUCUGUCUGCUGCAUUUGACACUGUUGACCACAGCAUUUUAAUAUCUUGCCUGGAGGGUGUUGUCCUGGACUGGUUCCGGUCUUACUUAACGGACAGAAGUUUCUGCUAAAUCUUGACAACUCUAUGUUGUCAACAGCUCCUCUUCCACAUGGGGGCCCCCAGGGCUCAAUUCUCAGCCCUCUUUUAUUUGCGUUUAUCUACUCCCCCUUGGUUCUGUUUUUAGGAAACAUGGCAUUUCCUUUCAUUUUUAUGCUGAUGAUUGCCAGAUCUAUCUUCCACUAGCACAGAACAACUCCGACUCAGUCCGACAACUCACUGACUGUUUUAAGGACGUUAAAGCCUGGCUUUCUUUUAACUUCCUCAGUCUUAAUGAGAACAAGACCAAAGUAAUGAUGUUUGGACCAAGUGGCGGCCACCCCCCCAACAUCGACCUAGGCUCCCUCUCACCCUAUCUGAAGGAUGUCGUCACUGAUCUGGGAGUUAAGUUUGACCCUCAUUUUAAAUUUGAGAAGCAGAUCAGCGGGGUGGUACAAAAAAGUUUUUGAAGCCCCAAGUUGAAGCCCAUAUUAUCAAGACCUGACCUGGAAAAAUUAAUCCAUGCUUUUAUCACUACCCGUCUUGAUUACUGCAACUCCUUGUACGUAGGGAUUAGCCAGGCAUCCCUUGCUCGCCUGCAGCUUGUGCAGAACUCUGCUGCACGUCUCCUGACCCAGACCCGCAGGCGUGAGCACAUCAACCCCAUCCUGGCGUCCUUACACUGGCUCCCUGUUCAGUACAGAAUUAAUUUUAAGCUUUUAAUUUUUGUUUUUAAAGGCCUGAACAACCUUGCUCCACCUUACAUUUCCGAGAUGCUCCAGCCUUACUGCCCACCCCGACCCCUAAGAUCAGCUGAUCAGCUGUUAUUGACGGUCCCCAAAACAAGGCUGAAGCUCAGGGGUGACAGAGCGUUUGCCGCAGCUGCUCCCAAGCUCUGGAACGAGUUGCCCUUGACAAUUAGACAGGCCUCCUCGUUUCCUGUUUUUAAAUCUCUUUUAAAAACGCACUUUUAUUCCUUGGCUUUUAAUACAUUUUAGUGUUAUUUUGUUUGUUUUCGUCUUAGCACUUGCCGUGAGCCUGCUUAUUUAUAUAUUCAUCUGUUUAUUGCAUUUAGGUAUUUUUGCUUGCUUGAUCUUGUUCUUUGCUUGUUUUAUUUGUUUUUAUGUCACAAUGUACAGCACUUUGGCUACCCCCGUGGUUCUUUUAAAUGUGCUUUCGAAAUAAAGUUGAUUGAUUGAUUGAUUGAAUAUCUGAAUCAUGAACACAUGAGACGGCAUCAGCCCUGUUUGUAGCUCUGGAGGUUUGCAUACUUAAGUGAGGCUGGUCCUUGGAGGUUGCGAAGCUCCGGGGCUACCGGCUGUUCGAGAUGUUCAGCUCAGAAGACGACCGAAGUCAGCCGAAAGACUGCAAGAUUAAAGAAAAUAUAGUUAAGGGCUUAAUCUUGAAUUGCUAUGUGAACAAAAAGUUUAAGUUUCAAAACUUGAACUAAGACGAUGUUAAAGAAAAAUUGAAAUGAAUGAACAUGUGGCGUAAAACUUAAAAGACUAAAAAAAAGUAAGACUAAGUAAUAAGAGCUAAGAGAAAACAAAGAACAGGACUAAGAGAAGACCCGGAAAACAAGAGCAAGGAAUAAGAGCAGAACUGAACAGAGUGAGCACCCCAACUUUACGGGUUUUUUCUCCUUCACACUGGCAGUGUCUCUGGGGUGUGUGUGUGAGGAGAGAGAGAGAAGAGGGGUCGUUGGUGCAGCUCCUUGAUUAUUUGAUCUAACUUAUACUUUUGGCUGGUAAAAGAGUCAGAUCUGAUACUCACUCACUAUGAUUAAUAUCAUUGAAUGCUUGGUUUCAUGACAAAUGAUUUGAUACUGAACACAUAUGAAUGGAUUGUAGGAUCACAUCAAACAUUCUCAUUAUGUUUCAAGUAUCACACUGAACAUGCUAAAUUACUCUGAAAUGAAACAGAUAGUAACAUACAGAAACUGUGAACAACAAAAGAGUAAAUAUAUGUGAAUGAAUUUCAUCAUGAUUAAUAAUGGAUUCUAUAUGCUAACAUUCAGAUUAUUCAAUGACAUUAUAACCACCUAAUAGUUAAAAAUGCUAAAUAAAUGAUUAAAAUAUAAACCAAACAUUUCCCAAACUAUUUCUGGUACCAAGAGUAAAGUUAUGAUUCACAGCCAAUAAAUUUAACUCUUAAAAGUUCAUGAAGUAAUCUGAAAAGCUGUUUGUCUAAAGAAACUAAAGAAUAAAGGAUUUAUUCUGUAACUCGGCUUCUGGAGCACAUAAAAAAAUGGGACACAUCUCAUUUUAACACAAAUUUCAUGAUUUGACAGAUUAGUACAUUGCUGAAUGCAUUAGAUGUCACUAGAUGUCACAAUCAGUCAUUUGUAUUCUUUGGAUCUUUUUUCUUAUGUAUGUUGUAUGACAGUUCUCUAAGUAACUCUUGAAAAUCUUUGAGAUAAACUGGUGGACUUUAGCCCCCCUCAGAACACAUGCGGCACAUUUUGACAAGUGUCAAUAGCAUUAUUCUACUCUAAAGCAAUAAAAAGAAAACAUCCACAGCAGUGACUCUUAUUCUUACACAUCUGCUUGCUGCUGCUACAGCUGCACUUGUUCUUCUGUAUGUAACAGCAAAUUGCAUACAAGUUACCAUGCCAAAAUAUGCAGGCUUGUUAACAAGAAUACGAAAAUGUUAUCAGUAGUUUUCACUUUAGCUGUAAUGACCUAUUAGCCUUGAUAUGAAUCCUGCUUUCCAAGUCUAAUAGAUGGAUUGUCAGGUGUUUAUAUGGCUGCAGAA